AUGAACAUUACCAGAGUUGGUGUUACCCCAUGGUACUUCACUGCAGUUUACGCUAGCCCAGACCCGACGAAGCGUCAAGAAUUGUGGAGGGAACUCCAAGACUUUGCCACAACUCACAAUAAACCGUGGAUGAUAGCAGGUGACUUUAACGAUACAAGAUUUGCCUCGGAGCGAAAUCAAUCGUGCCCUGAGACCAAUCGCCGUUCAUCACGGUUCAAUGAGUGGAUCAACAACAUGAACCUUAUCGAAAUAGAAUUCGCAAGGGUUUCGCACACUUGGGCUAGAAGGCUGAUCCCAUCAACAAGAAAGAGUGCAAGGCUCGAUAGGGCGCUGUGUAAUGGCGAGUGGGGCCUCCGCUUUGACAAGGCCAAGGUGAAACAACUCCCUGCUUCUCAAUCAGAUCAUUGCCCAAUAUUUGUCUCGCCAAAUGGCUAUCGAUGGACUUGCAAGAGUGAAACAAAUCGGACUUUGGCAAUAUUUUUCACCAAAAAAGGAAGCUUCUUGCAUGCAUUGCAGGAUUUCAAGCAGCCCUAUCGAACAAAGUCAAUUGAGGGCUUAUUAAAUUGGAAUCGAAGUUACGUCAGGAACUUGAUAAGAUUCUUGAUCGUGAGGAAACUUUGUGGAGGUGAUGGAACAUGGAUACACGAGAAAGAGGAUGUCAAGAAUUGCAUUGUCAACUACUUCAAGACAGUGUUCACAGAAGAAGGAGUUGACGAGCCUUACAACAUUCCCCAAGAUGUGUUUCUAGAAUUGAAUCAAAGGGAUUGGAACUACCUAUCAAUUCCAUUUACAAAAUUGGAUAUCGAUGCGGUGGUUAAAGAAAUGAGUUCUCUUAAGGCACCGGGCCCGGACGGAUAUCAAGUCCUCUUUUACCAAAAGAACUGGGAACUGGUUUCAAAAAAUGUGUAUGAAUUAGCUUUCACUGUACUCGAAGGAAAGGGUAUUCCAAAUAACCUCAAUGACACACAUAUCGUAUUAUUACCAAAGGUGGACAACCCGGAAGUAUCCUCUCAAUUCCGACCGAUCGGGUUGUGCAAUGUGUCCUAUAAAAUUAUUACUAAGAUUGCGUUGGUCCUUUAUUCGGGAUACUCUACUCUAAAUGAAUCUGCCUCUUCUUCUGAUCAACGUGUGAUAAUGGAAUGUGUCACGUCCACCUCGCUCAAAGUAUUGUGGAAUGGGGAACCUUCCCAAAAUUUCACACCUUCUAGAGGAAUACAGCAAGGUGAUCCCCUUUCUCUGUACCUAUUUGUAAUGUGCAUGGAACGUCUUUACCAAACGAUCGAAGAGGUUUUAGUGCAACAAAGGUGGAAACCUAUACGGGCCUCUCGAGAUGGACCACUACUGUCGAACCUAUUCUUCGCAGAUGACAUAAUUUUAUUUGCAGAAGCAUCACCGGAUCAAGCUUUUGUCAUACACGACUGCCUAGACCGUUUUUGCAAAGCUUCUGGACAGAAAGUGAGUUUAGCAAAAUCAAGCGUGUAUUUUUCGAAGAAUGUGUUGCCUUCGAGCCAAGAGGAGAUAAGCACGGUACUUGGGAUGACUACAACGACUGACUUGGGUUUAUACCUAGGAAUUCCCACUCUCACAAGUAGGGUAACAAAGGCCACUUUCAGCCAUCUAUGUGAAAAGAUAGGUCGAAGGCUCACGGGGUGGAAAACGAAAUACCUUUAUUUAGCGAGUCGUAUUACGCUUGCCAAGUCUACCAUAUCGUCAAUGUCAUAUUAUUCUAUGAAAACUGCUAAACUUCCUCGAUCGAUUUGUGACGAAGUGGACAAGAAAACCAGGAGAUUCAUAUGGGGGGUUGUGAAGAAAAACGUACCACACAUCUACUCGCCUGGGAGACAUUACAAAAACCCAAAGAACAAGGAGGCUUGGAUAUUCAUUCCGCUAGACAGGCUAAUGCAGCCUUUCUAA